AUGAGAGAGAAGAGAGUGUGGUUGUUUCUCUAUCAAUCAUUUAUGAUAGCAACUUGUACCACCACUACUUUUAUAUCUUCAUCUUCAUCUUCAUCAUCAUCAUCAUCAACCAAUAACAAUACUCUAGUAACCAAUUUUUAUGUAUCAAACAAUAACAGUAGUAAUAGUAAUAAUAAUAAUGGUACAUGUUGUUGUGGGUUUGAUCUAUUAAAUACAUGUAGUGAUAUACAAAGUGCUUUGGAUUCAUUCUAUCAACAACCGAUGGCACAAACAUAUUCACAUCAAGAGUUGAUUGAUUUCCAAGUGACUAUUAUUUUGUUAACGGUAAACACGACUGCUGCUGGAUCAACAGCACCAACUAUUUAUAGUAGUCCGAGGAAUGGUAAUUUAACCAUUGAACAAAGAUUGGUCACCAUUACAACACAGUCACUAUCUGACAAGGUGGUGAUUGAUAUUGGCCCGUUUGCAGAGUUGCCAUGGUUUGCCACACUUACCAGUAGCUCUGGCCUGAGCUUGGUCGGUAUCACUUUUAGUGGUUCGUUGGCAACCCAAACGUUUUCCCGGUUAAUAGUGUAUGAGUCCCAUACGUUCAUCGCAGCCAGCUAUCUUGGAUUGGAGAGUUGCACGUUUGAAAACAUUUACCUUGGUGAUGCAAGUCUUAUAUACAUAUGGGCGCAAGUGGUCACUAUCACUGGUUGCACGUUAAACAACAUCACUUCACAUCAUCCCAACUACUUGAUCGACGUAUUGUACAGCACAUCGACAAUCACCAAUACCGAGAUGACCGAUAUCAACAUGACAUCGGGGGAUACGGCACCCUCUCUGAAUGACGCUGUCAUUGACCAAUCUUUCUUUGUCCAAAACACGGGACCAAAUAUUAUCAGUGCCAAUAGUCAGAUCGUAUUGUCAAUGAAUGGGACUGUGAUGCAGAAUAAUAGCGCAACGGCCAAUGGUGGAGCCAUCACGGCGUCACAUGCCACUAUUAAUCUCGACAGAGUAUCGAUUCUCAAUAAUGUCGCCAGGUUCUUUGGAGGUGGAAUCUAUGCCGAAUCGUCACUCAUCAAUAUUACGAGUUCGAUGGUAUUUGCAAACUCGGCCACGGAAAGUGGCGCCAUUGCUCUCGUGGCUGGCUCCACUUUGGUUCUAUCCAAUACUUCGAUACAACAAAACCGAGCGUCUCUAGAUGGUGGAUCUAUCACCUGUUUGUAUUCAUCGGUUCUCUUGGACACUGGUAAUCAGAUCAUCUUGAAUACCGCUAGCAAUGGGUUAGAGUAUGAUAACUUUGGAUGUACUUACCAAGCCAAUGGUCCAUCAUCAACGUGUGUCAUUGGAGGGACAAGUUGUCCGGCUAGAAAUAGUAGUAGUAGCAGCGAUGGCAGCACAAUACCUGGAGGUAAUAAUAGUGAUACAGAGGAUGACAGUAAUAGUUCUGAUAAUACAAAGAUUGUUAUUAUUGUCAUGGUGGUUGGGCUGAUAUUUAUCAUUGCAGUUAUAUUUAAAGUGGGGUACAGACAUAAUAAUAAUAAUAGUAAAGCAACUGUAUUGUUGUGGUUGAUCGUUGUGGUCGCAGUAGUAGAGCAUUGGGAUAUCAGUGUUGGGACCAAUGACAGUGCCGUUGGUGAUGUAAUAGUAGCUUUCGACAUUCUUGCACUUCUUGUCGUACACUUGGUAGUAGAUCGAGUUGGAGGGGAUCUUGGGGAGCACAGUCUCGUUGAGUGCGAUGUAUCUCCAGUCGGUCUCGUCAUACUUGCCUUCCGCGGAAUCGUAGGUACAGUCCCCAAAGUUGUAUACAAACUGGCUGGUUGGGUUGCCCGAGCAAUCAGCCUUCCACAACACAUCGAUGUACGUGUACAACAUGACGGCAGUAGAGUUCCAUGUUCUUCCGAAAUAGCUGCCUGGGAUAUCGGCCAAGUCAGCGUUGCCUGCACAUGUAUCCGAUUCUAUUCCAAAUCCAAAUCCACUAAUUACGCUACACUCAGUGUCCUAUAUAACAUACAUAUAUGUAUUGUUAGAUGUUUGGAAAGAAAUACUCAAGAGUUAAAAAUGAUCAAUAGAGAGAAGAGAAAAUGUAAAGGAUUGAUGUUGAUGGGUAAAUUCAUCAACAACCCAAAGACAGGAUGUGUAAUCACAAAAGUAAGUAGUCGUAAAUCAAUCUCUCAACUCGGUUCAUUCAAGGCCUCAUCCGUCCAAAACCAAUCAUUCAACAGCAACUCCAUCAUGACUGGUCAAUCUGCCAUCAAGUCUGCCUCACUUGUCAACUUGUGUGUUGAUAACCUCCACUUGAAUGCCCUUAAUCUCGUCGUACUCGAUGUCGACCACCUCUCCCUCAAUGCUCUCUAA